CUCUGGAUCUGGCGUGUGGAUUGGCACAGCUCUGCUGCGUUUGUCGUCCUCAAGCAGCGGGCACAUCGCAUCGUCUCGUCGUCGCUGUCGGUUUGUUGUCCGCGUUUUGUGUUGCGCUCGUGAGCUUCUCGUGACACGGGGGUCCUCGUGUGUGUGCGGGGUACUUCCUUGACGGUGACGUUUUUUUUUUGUUGCGUUGGUCGCGUCUAGACGAGAACCUCCUCGUUCAAUCUACGGAAGUCGAGACUUGAGGAGCUAAACGGUGUCAUUAUCGUCGGCAGUGACUGUAACGUGUGUGUUCUUGGCGAGUUCUUCCGUGUGGUACCUUCGUGCAAGAAGGAAGAAAACUACGUGUGUGGGUACGAGGUACCCGGAGUACCGGAGCAAAGAGUACGAGAACCUGUGUGGUGCGAGCGCGCGAUCGCGCAGAAACUGGAUCAGUAGUGACGAGAAUUCCUGCACAUUCUACCUGUUUCUGUUUCUGUACGUCUUGUCCUGCAGUUCAAGAAUUGCGCGCGGGGGUACACGUGUGUGAUUGCGCCUGUGAGUGUGUGGCAUGUGACCGAGUUCUGGUCAGAACAGAGCGGAACAACGGAAUUGAGGGAAGCAAGAAUAAAAAUCGCAGAGUGACGUACAAACACACACACACUCGUGCGGAAAUGGAUUAAGGUGAUCGCGCAAAGUGGGGAUUUGGAGAAAAUAAAGGAAAUCAAUCAUACUGGAUAUUAUGAUGGAAGUUAAUUGAAGGAGGAAUAACAUCAGUGGAAGAAAAGGAAUCAAAAGAUCGCCCCUCGUCAUCUUUACUCCCAUAAAAAGGAACUAAACCAUCAUCGUCAGCCUGUCUGUGGCAGAACAACAAUCAAACUAGCAAAAAACAAACCUAGAUUUCAAUAAAACACACCAGCGCAACACUCAAAAAUAAACAACCUGGUCAUCAUCGUCUUCGUUCCAAAUUAGGACUGAAACCAUUAAAAAGUGACGCUCGGCGCAAACCUCCUCCUCUUCAGAGAGACUUCAAUGUCACUCGGCUUAUCACCUGGCGCGCAUCACUUGAACAGAGUCAGAACUGUGUUAAGGUCUUAAACGAGAAAAAAAACUACGUCGAACGAAAGUGCAAGUGACCCCACCGGUCGUCGUCAUUAGGCUAAUUAGGAGAGACUUGAACGCGUGGCGUGCCAAGCGACGAACCGGUGCUGAGGCACACGCAUCAUCGGGAUCAUCGUCGUCGGCAGAAGCGACUUCGGAAGAAGUGAAAAAAGUGGACCCCGGGAAAGUGUUUCAAGUGUGGGCAAGUCGGGUAAAAACGCGACAAGUUAGCGCACGAUUAAAGAUAAUGACAAAUGAUUACCGCUGGGGUGUAGUGAGUGUGUCGUAAGCGAGCGCUGCGUAUCAGUGAAGAAAGUGAAACUGUAGCACCGGGGAUCUGGUCGACAUAGUCGACGAAGCAAGUAUCCCACGGUCGGAUCCGUCGGAUUAAGGUGAAGAGCGUCCGGCAGCCGGUUUGGGAUUAAAUUAUUAAAAAGUUAUUGGACGUGGACGUGGGCUUAUACUAAUUAGCCUGAAGAUCGCUGAACAUCAAAAACAACGAAGAAGACGCUGACUUUUCUGAGAGAGGUCCUGAAGUGAUCGUCGUUACGUGGUCCUGACCUUUGUGGUGAUCUUUUGUGGCGAAAUUCCUUGCACGCGCAAGAAGGCCAUCGAAGAAGGGCAGAAGACAUUCAAGUGCGCUCGUUCAAGAAGUGAAGAUCGUCUCGAAAAACAACAACGGAAAAAACAAGAUCAUACCUCGUUCAGUAAUCAGCUCACGUCGCGGGACUGACCUUUCCCGGCGAUCUCUCGCCGUAGUGUUUCUGUGUGUGUAAAUAAAAAUUUCCAGUGAUCCUCGCGAUCGCGCCGCGAUCCCGUCGACCUCCGAAGUGACUUUUAGCGAUCCUCGCGGACAUCCAGUGACAUUCACGGACGAUAAGCCCGGCGUAACCGGGAGGUCGAUCGCCGAAGAAGGCCCACACACCUUGCCAUUUGGGCAAAAGUCAAGUGCGCGCGAGGAAGAUCCCAGCGCCGAAAGCUCGAGGGUCCCUGGCUGAAGAUAAACAACGCACACGAGUGAGGACCUCUCGAAGUGGUUGUGUGGAACACGGCUUGAAGAGUGCGCGCGCGCGCGAGAAGAAACGCGCGAGUGUUUUUAGCUUUUUUCGGGUGUUUCGUCUGGACAGAUUUUGGAGCAAGCGGCGCGCAACGCUGAAGAUUCGGACACCAGCUCUGUCACUCCAGAUAUCAUCAUCGGGCCUUGCAAAAAAAAAAAAACUGCUUCGCCAUCGCCGCCGUUGGUGGAACCUUGAAAAAAUCAAUCAACCGCCAACCCCCAAACAACUGCCGUACUGACCAGCUACAAAAAAUAUGAAUCUACUCUAAUCUCGCCCAAGCUGGAACAAAACAGGCCGUAACGAGAGACGGUGAUCUUAAUUUUUGCGGUAUUGUUUCUACUGCUACGAGAAGCUGGCCGGACCUCACCAAGCAACGCAGAAUUGGCCGAAGACUCUAAUCCGGGGAAUGCCAUCGCCGCCAGCCGCCGACAUCCAGUGAGAGCAGAAGACGCCUGUUUGCGAGAAGAUGCGAGAAAAGGAUCACUCCCCGCGAAAGAUGCUUCCCAGUCCCAAACAGGGCGCGGUCUACCCGCUGCUCGGCCUCGGUUCAACCCUGUCGGCGCAGCUUCCGUUUGACUUUUCCAGCACGGGGGGAAGCGGCGGCGGAGCAGGGUCUGGCAAUCGGUCGUCCUCGUCGAAUCUGCUGCACCAGCAGCAAAGUUUGCUGGAUCAACCGCUGGAUCUGCGGGUAGAUCAUAAAAAGUCGAGCAGUAGCUCGACGUCCGAUGAGGAGGAUCAGGGGCAGCGAUCGAGUGAGGAGUUAAAGUUCCAGGAUAACAACAACAACCAGAAUGUAAACAACAACAACAACACGGACAGGAAUACGAAGAGUCCGAGUCCGAUAAGUAACAAUAACAACAACAACAGUGUAAAGUACACCAACAAUAACCACAUCAGCGUGAAGGAUGAGUUCCGAAUAUCCAGCAUAGCGAAUCACAGUCCACCGAUCUUCCCGCCGCCCGGCAUCAACCCGUUGAUGCUGGAGGCGAUCGCGAAAGCCGGCUUACCGCUGCCAGGUUACCGAAAUUCCUUCCUGCCGGCACGAUCACCCGUCCCGUACGACCUGCAGCGGCUCAAGGAGCGGGACGCGAUCGCGCAGAGCUUGCUCCGGCAAGGCACCAACGGCAACGGGAUCCCCAGCAAUAACAACAACAACAACAACUCGAACAGCAUCAACCACAACCUGCCACCGGGAGCCACCAAGAACAAGGAUCGCUACUCGUGCAAGUUCUGCGGCAAGGUGUUCCCACGAUCCGCCAACCUGACGCGGCACCUGCGGACCCACACCGGCGAGCAGCCCUACAAGUGCAAGUACUGCGAACGUUCCUUCAGCAUAUCCAGCAACCUGCAGCGCCACGUGCGGAACAUCCACAACAAGGAGCGACCCUUCAAGUGUGCCCUCUGCGAGCGGUGCUUCGGCCAGCAGACCAACCUCGAUCGGCACCUCAAGAAGCACGAAGCGGACGCCGCCGGGCUCGGCCUCGGCCUGGACGAACGUCUCCGCGCCGCCCGGAGGAACUCCCGCGGAAUCCCCGAAGAUUCCUACUUCGAAGAAAUCCGCUCCUUCAUGGGCAAAGUAACCCAGUUACCGAUCCCCCUCCGGAUGCAACCUCAUCACCACGCAGCUGCCGCCGCCCAGCAGCAGCAAUCGCAACUGCACCAGCAACAGCUGGCGGCAGCGGCCGCCCAGCAACACCACGCUCAACAGCUGGACCAGAGUUCGUCCCGCAGCUCGUCGCCGGCCGGCUCGGAACCGGCCUCGCCGGCGGGCAGCUCGCACAGCGCGUCCGGCCACCUCGAGAUCAAGAUGGAGGCCAACGACGAGGACGAGGACGAGGAGGGCGAACAGGUGCAGGUUACCUGACCGGGUGUGCUCGGGUCACGACGGCACGUUACGCAAUGUACAAGUUAAAGAAAUUCCUGUUAGCACUCGGUAAGAACACUAUACUGGAGAGUUGCGGAGGUUGCGGGUUGCGAGCGGGGUUGAAAUUGGGUUAUCUGGACAAGAAGGUUACAGAGAAACCUCUCUUUUUACGCGGAGGCGUUACGAUUUUUAUUUCGUCGAUUUCUCUUGAACCGUAGAACAUUUUUGCAAGCUUCAAACAAUGUUUUGUAGAUCUGAACAAAAUCUAAAAAUUGCUUUUAAAAGAUUGCAAAAAUAUUGCGUCUUUAGUGAGAAAUCGACAAAUCAGUAAAACGUAACGCAUCAAGUAAACAGAGGUUUUUCUGUAUUGCUUUUUGCAUAACGAUUAGGAAACGACAUUAAUUCCGUCAAAGUUAUGAGUCUUGAAAAUGCUCAAACAAUUAAUUUUGGUAACACCUUUGUGACGUUACAGACGUCUCGAUCCAUAUAAUUAAAAAACAGAGAAACCUCUUUCUACGCAGAGGCGUUAUAAUUUUUAUUUUUUCGAUUUCUCCUCAACCAUAAAGUAUUUUUCAAGUCUCAAAAUACGUUUUGUAGAUCUAAACAAAACCUACACAGUAAAAAAUUGUGUAAAUUUGGAAGUUGUAAUUUUGUAAGGCUGAACACAGUUAAACCUCGCAUAGUGCGCAGGCGUUACGCUUUGUAUUUCGUAUUUUUUUCAAAAACGACACAAUAUUUUUGCAGUCUUUUUGAAGCAAUUUGUUCGUCUUGUUCCGUUCUACAAUUAGCAUAAAAAACAUUACAAAAAUAUUAUGUCGUUGUAGAGUAAUCGAAGCAACAAAAAGCGUAACGCCUGCGCACUAUGCGAGGUUUAACUGGAUCACAUCUUCAAUGAUAUAAUUUUACCUCAAUUUAGACUGAAAAUGUUGAAUUACAUCAGAAAGGAGGUAAAAUUACACACUUUCAGAGGUAAAAUUACACCUUUUUUCUAACAUAAAAGUUUUCCAGAUGUAUUAGUAUAAUUUUUUUUACUGUGUAAAAAUGGAUUUUAAAAGACUGCAAAAAAAAAUUCGUUGUUGCAGAGAAACCGACAAAUUGGACACAAUUAACGCAUUGCGUUAAAAGAGGGUUGCCUUUAAAAAAUAGUAGACAUUUUUAAACCUUUUACGUUUUGUCUUUUAACUCAGAUAACUCAAUCUUGAUACAGUGAAACCUCUUUUUACGCAGUGCGUUACGUUUUUUCUAAUUUGCCGAUUUCUCUGGAACUACGCCACUUUUUUGCAAUCUUUUAAAAGCAAUUUGUAGGUUUUGUUACGCUUUUUGAAGCUUGCAAAAAUAUUGUAUGGUUUUAGAGAAAUCAACGAAAUAAAAAGCGUAACGCCACCGCGUAAAAAGAGGUUUCUCUGUACAGUGAAACCUCUUUUUACACGUUUGUCGAACUUUUUUGGAACGACACAACAUUUUUGCAAUGUUUUAAAACAAUUUUUAGGUUUUGUUCAGAUCUACAAAACGUUUUUUGAAGCUAGCAAAAAUAAUGUAUGGUUUAAGAGAAAUCUAAGAAACAAAAAGCGUUAAAAAGUUUGAAAUCUAAUUUUUGAUUAAUCCUUUAAUUACUUGAAAAAACUUUGAAGGCUGAAGUUUUUUGGUUUAACUUGAAAAAAAGUAAUAAAAUGAUACAAAAUGUACAGAAGAAAGACAAAAAACAGCACAAGUGAUGGCGUUACGUUUUGUAUUUCGCCGAUUACUCUGAAACGACACAAUAUUUUUGCAAUCAUUUUGAAGCAAAUUGCAGAUUGGAACAAGACGAACAACUUGCUUCAAAAAGAUUGCAAAAAUAUUAAACAGUGUUUGAUAAAUACAGUUAAACCUCGCAUAGUACGCAGGCGUUACGCUUUGUAUUUCUUCGAUUUCUCAAAAACGACACAAUAUUUUUGCAGUCUUUUUGAAGCAAUUUGUUCGUCUUGUUCCAAUUUACAAUUAGCUUCAAAAACAUUGCAAAAAUAUAAUGUCAUUUUAUAGAAAUCGAAGAAAUAGAAAGCGUAACGCCUGCGCACUAUGCGAGCUUUAACUGUAAACAAGCGUAAUGCCUAGGUACUAUGUGAGGAUUAACUAUAUGUAUUUGGCCAGUUUCUUUGGAUUUUUUCAUCUUUUCUACAAACUUACAAAGUACGUUUCGUGUCAAUUUAAAAAUUGCUCAAAGUAGUUUACAAAAAUGGUUUCACGGUACACAAAAAAUAUCAAAAUUAAAAUCGUAACGCCUAAACUUUAAAAUGGCAUUUUCUUCAAAUUUUCAAGUUGUUUAUUUGUAAAACUCAAAAUAAAUUCGUUUGUCCAGAUAUCCAUCUUUAAGAUCCAUUUAGUAACUCACCAAGCCUCCCAACUCCAACCACUACUUCUCACAGACAAAAAACAAAACAAAACGAAAACCGCUGGUUACACCACGUUACUGUAGAUUACCAACUUAGUCCUUGUAAGCCACCGUCAACGCGGCCGCCUCCCUCUAGUUAGUUUCGUAGGCUCUGUUCUCGUGUUUUUCCCCUCCUCCCAGAUUUAUUGUAAAUUGAUGACGUUAGCGUUUAGACGAUACAUACAAAAUACUCGUUUUGCCAUAUGAUCUUUGUUCUCUAGCUGUAGCUGUAAAGUGUAGACAAUUACAUUGUUUUUUUUCUGGGUUCGAUAGUGACAAAAAAGAACGAAAUGAACAAAAAAACACAAACGACACACAAAUGUAUGAAAUGAGAAAACUGUUCAACCAAAGCCAAAUACGCGAUAUUCGUACUAAAAUUAAUGCAGUUGUGUAUGUGAAUGUAAAGUAUUACUUUUUAAACAAAAGAAACGAUAGCAAUCACGUUUUGUAGAGCAAAAAUAAAGUUUGACUAGUGUUGACAAGUAUUUGUUAAAGUUUAUCAUUGGUUAGUUGAUUAGGUUCGAUUUUUAUUAUGUCUUUGUUAACUCACUUUUACCUAACUAGUUUAAUGCAUCCGAUUUUUUUUACUCAAAUAUAGUCCCUAGACAAGCAGAGCACAUCACAAAAUCAAGCACGGCUAUAAUGAAUCAAUUUUAAAUAAAGAAAUAAAUGUGAAAACUUUGUGAUCUGAACGAAAGUAUUGUUACAACUCUGAGCUUUUAAUGUUAAACAAAAAGGUCAACAAACCAGGCUACACCACAAAACAGAUACAAUUCACAGAAAAUGUGUUCCUUACAGCGACGAAUGAGCACCGGUUACAAGCGAGAAGAUUUAGUUACCAUUUAACAAUAGAACGUAGAGAUGAACUAUUUUACGCAGCGAGAAAAAGAGAUCAAACAGAAAAAAGAGUGCAGAAAGCGAAAAAACAAACAAACAAUUUACCAUUUACACUAAAAGCACCUAACCCUAGAAAAGAAGAAAAAAAGUCGACCCUAUUCCGUCCUAGUGCCUUACACCUAAGUUAAUCGAGUCGUUUACUUUU